AGAGGCCCGGCGAUCCUCGGUUCCCGGGCACCGAAACAAACAGGUUUGCUUCAUUAGUUGUGUGCAGUUUGAGGCGUUCAGAUCAGUAAGGCACACUUCAUCUCAAGAACUAUCAGGAACUAGUGCAAGGACCCGAGAUCGAUGGCGCUGCGGAGAAUCAUCAAGGAGCUCAAGGACCUGCAGAGGGAUCCGCCGACGUCCUGCAGCGCAGGGCCCGUGUCUGAUGACAUGUUCCACUGGCAAGCGACGAUCAUGGGCCCGAGCGACAGCCCCUACUCUGGAGGAGUGUUCCUGGUCACCAUCCACUUCCCACCAGACUACCCGUUCAAGCCGCCCAAGGUGGUGUUCAAGACGAAGGUGUUCCACCCGAACAUCAACAGCAACGGCAACAUCUGCCUGGACAUCCUCAAGGACCAGUGGAGCCCGGCGCUGACCAUCUCCAAGGUGCUGCUCUCCAUCUGCUCGCUGCUGACGGACCCAAACCCGGACGACCCGCUGGUGCCGGAGAUCGCGCACAUGUGCAAGACCGACCGCCUCAGGUACGAGUCCACGGCAAGGGGGUGGACGCACAAGUACGCCAUGGGCUAGGCAGGCAAGCUUUUAGUAGGCAGCAGGGGCCAAGAAGAUCGUGAAUGUACCCAACAUCCAUGAACAAUAAGAUUUUGCUUUAGUUCAUCACGAUAUAACAGGCCUAGAGCUGGGAGAUGCUCGGCGGCGCAUCCUUCCUCACGAAGGAUGAUACAUAGGAUUGAACAAUCAUAAAUUCAAUUUUGAUCGAUCAAUGGACGUUUUGUGUCUGAA